CACUUCUCUCUCACUCUGCUCCGUACGUGUAGCAGCACGCCCUCCGAGUCCCAGUCUCCUCCCACACCUUCCAUCCAUCGCCAUUGGCCUCCUGGUCCUCACCUGCGUUCGACGCCAGGCACAAUCCUAGCCAUCGAUCACUCCACCAUCCCUGCCAGCCCAGGAUUGAUUGGAGUCUCGCCUCUGCGCCGUCCACUCGACUUCAGCCAUUGGUGUUGGCCUUCACCACUCUUACACGCACUACCAGGGCAGGGGGUUCUUUGCAUUCAAGCAUCCUGGACAGACGCUGCUCGGCCAUCAAGAGGGCUUUGGCCCCAGAACGCCCAGCUACAUACGAGUACAUUACUGUACGUCUUGUCUCCUCUGUCCCUUUGGGUGUGGUUGUGCUGCUGCUGCAAGGCAGGCAUCGUUGCUGACGGACCACCGGACCAGAGACAGGCCGCCAAAACAAGCACCCACCCACCGCAAGGAUUCCCACUUCUACCUGCGCCUCCAACAACCCAACCGACCAACUGACCAACCGACCACCAGACCAACCUUUUCCGCAGGCCACAGUAGUCCGCAUUUCUCGACAGCACAAGCACACAGGCAAACCUCUUGUCUCCACUUGAUUUACGCGCCCGCUCCUCAAACCUCACCGUUGUUGCUCGCUCCGUUAUUCUACCUUCUCUCCUGCAGCAACAGAAUUUGAUCGCGAAUCAACCAAUCCACACAUCCUCUGUGAGAGCUGUCAUCCGGUGAUUAAGCAACACCAGCAUCCCGCCAGACCAAACCAUCGGCCACCGUGCGCGUGCGCUCCGCCUGAGGCUCUGUUGGCUCUUACCCGCCCAGAUCCUGCGCCAUUCCCUCCCCCUCCUCACCCUCCAUUGACGACAUCUUGACUUGUCGCGCUCCACUCGCAUACAACAAAUCGAGCUGCCCGCGUCUCGCGAAUUGCUGGACGUCCCUGUACCACUCGGGAAACCUUACUCAACAGUUCACACCAGCCAGCCGCACAACCUCUCGGCAAUCGACAAUCAUGGUAAGUGCCACAACCUCUCCUCCUAGCGCGCUUUCCGCUUCGUGUGUGUGCGACGCCGUGUGUGAAGUUGGCACACGGAUUCACUCCGGAAGCACUCCCAUGCAUCGGGUCCACUCAUCGUUGUGCGCAUCCUUCACCUCGAGCACAUGCGACCCCUCUGACAAUCUUCACUUCUCCCCAUUGUCUCUCGUCAUCACACCAAUCGCCUUGCAGAGGUGAAACACAUUUCUACCUGACUCACCUUGAUCAUCACCCUUAAAACCACUCCCCCCCCCCGCUCUUUGUCUCGACGUAAUGAUCACAUCCACUUCAAUUUUUCCUGACACCCUGCAGAGAGAUCGAUCUCAUUCACCUCGCCGUCGAUCGCGCAGUCCUCGACGGAGCCGACGUUCUUACUCCCCUCGAAGCCGUUCUCGUUCCCGAGGCGAGGACUACCGCCGAAGUGAACGAAGAUCACGAAGUCCCAUGAGUGGCGCUCCCAAUUCUUCUGGAGGAUAUACUGGGUCAGGCUUUGCCGGGAGAAGUGGCGGUCCGCCCAGGUCCUUCGAAGACCGCGCUGCUGCAAAAGAACAUAUGAUGCAAUCCGUCCGCGAGUCUUCCCAGCAAGACCGUCGCGUCUAUGUUGGCAAUUUGGCAUAUGAUGUCAAAUGGCAUCACCUCAAAGAUUUCAUGAGACAGGCUGGGGAAGUUCUCUUCGCCGAUGUCUUGUUACUUCCAAAUGGAAUGUCGAAGGGAUGCGGGAUUGUGGAAUACGCAACAAGAGACCAAGCUCAGCAGGCCAUUCAGACCUUGAGCAAUCAGAGUCUCAUGGGUCGUCUUGUUUACGUGCGAGAGGACCGCGAAACUGAGCCUCGAUUCACCGGCCCCCCGAGCCGCGGCGACUUCGGUGGCGGCCCUCGUGGUGGUGUUGUCUACAACACUGGUUACGGAGGUGGUGGCCCAGGUGGCGAUGGCGGUGGUCGCCAGCUCUACGUGUCCAAUCUUCCCUUUAACGUCGGCUGGCAAGAUCUCAAGGACCUGUUUCGAGGGGCAGCCCAGGAAGGAGGCGUUAUUCGCGCCGAUGUUCACAUGGAUCCUACUGGCCGUCCCAAAGGCACCGGCAUCGUGGCAUACGAGUCUCCGAAUGAUGCUCGCAACGCUAUCCAGCAGUUCAACGGUUUCGACUGGCACGGACGUGCGUUAGAGGUACGUCUCGACCGGUACGCAGGCAGUGGUCCCGCAGGUUAUGGUGGUGGAAGAGGCGGAUUCGGUGCUAGCUACGGCCGCGGUGGUUUUGGUUCUCGAGGCGGAUUCGGAGGCGGCCGUGGUGGCUUUGGCGGGGCCUACAGUCGUGGAGGAUAUGGUGGUUACAGCGGCGGUGGCGGUGGCGGAGGCUACGGCGGCGCGCCUCAAGAACAAGCACCGCCGAAUCCAUUCACCGACUUUGCAACCUCUGGUGGAGAACGCAGCCAGAUCAUCUACGUGAAGAACCUCCCAUGGUCGACCAGCAAUGACGACCUAAUUGAACUCUUUACCACGAUUGGCAAGGUGGAGCGAGCCGAAAUCCAGUACGAGCCCAACGGCCGUUCGCGUGGAUCAGGAGUGGUCGAGUUCGAUUCGAGCGAGAAUGCCGAGACAGCCAUCUCAAAAUUCACUGGCUACAUGUAUGGUGGACGCCCAUUGGGCUUGACUUAUGUCAAGUACACCAACGCGAACGGGCAAGACGCGAUGGAUGGACAAGAGGCGACAGGAGGCCUCACGCAGGAUCAAAUGAUGUGAGCCAUGGCUAAUCAUACUGGAGGCUCGAAUCUUCGGCAGCACGCACACCCUUGCAGCUCGUCGAACCUCCCGAACCCCUGACGACUGGGAAUAGCAGCCGAACUCUCAAAUUGUACUCUACGAGCCUUUGCAACCCAUACAAACACGCGGUAGUGUUGUCGAUGGCUUUCCCGCCCGUCUUGGAUCACCUCGCCAUCGAGUGAUCGAGCUCACUCGUGGCUGAAUCUAAGCUGUGGCUGGGGCAAAGGUCUCGGCAACGCUUUCUCUUCAAAAAGUUGUGGAUUUUUAAUGUUAUCACCGAACUGGUCUCGGUGCAUGGUCUCAGGAAGCUGACGACUUGCUGAGCUUUCCUAGGAGCAGGCCUUGAAAAAUUGGUGCUAGGUAGCGUGAAGUCGUUGGCGAAUGAAACAAGUGGCGGGUCAGUAGUUGGGCAAGUGAGACGAAAUUUAUCGUCAUGGGCUUUACUAUGGUGAAUUCUUGUGACAAUAGUGGGAGUCUACUUUCGAGACGUCGACGCCGCAGCGGACAGGGCACGGAAUAAUCGUGGUUAGCCGAGUUUAAGAAGUUCUCGGGGGCGUAUGUGGUGUUGUAGGGGCAAGAAGGACCAUCGAGAUGCAACGAGCGCUGAAUCUUGGAUCAAGUGCAAGACUCGCGCGUCGUUGAUGGUUGAUUUUUGUCACAACAGUCGAGAGGAGACGUUGGACUCACGAUGGCGAUACGAGGCACUGGUACCACGUGACUACUCACGUGAUAUCAUAUCUCUGAAGUUUAGGUCCACGUCCAACCACCUCGUUCUUCUUCCACACCAUGAGAUAUGUUCGGGUCACAUUAUGCUGGCUCUUCCAACGUGAUUUCGAUGAUUCCAUCUAUCUAAACUUUGUUCCGGUCCGUGUCAUCUCAUCCGUCGUCCCAGUCGCGCCGCGGCCUGCCAAGGCUGCGAGUAUGGAAGGAUACGUAGGCUGGGGGAGGCCCGCGUCCUCUUUCGGGCCCCCCUCGAACCCAAACCUUGGAGUCCUGACCAUGGUUGAACAUUGUGUGUAUGGUGGGAAGCAUUUGGGCCAGAUGUGAGGUUUAUCUCAAUGCCAGAGAUGACGAUGAGACGAUUUGGUGCAUGGGCAGGUGCUUGGUCAGGCUUUCGACCUAACCGACCGAAAGGCCUGCGAGGACAACUUGCAAUACUCUUUUUUUACCUUGUGCAAAGUCUGAUCAACGGAGAGCUGCCACACUUCUUC